AUGCACUGGGGUGCAAUGCCAGGCAACGCGAUGCAAAGUGAUGCAAAGAGAGGCACAGCGAUGCAGAGCAGUGCGCUUGCAACGGCAUGCGGCAUGCGGCAUGCGGCUGCAGGAUUCAGCGCAGUGCGACUGCGUACUGAAAAUCCUGCACGCGCAACGCAGCUCGGCUUCGAUGCAACCCGGGAGGGGUGCAGCGGGGCGGCGGCGACGGACCCGAACGGGGCCCCAGGGCCUGCAGACGGGCCUCUUAUCCAGAACACGGUGCGAGAAGGACUGGAGCGUCUUCGACCUGUUUUCUAG